AUGGCCAUGAAAAUCCCUAGCUUUUUCCCUCCCCUCCUUUUGUUUUUCCUCAUCCUAAUGCUAUUUCAUGAUUUUCACAACUUCAAGUUCCUCCAAAACACUUCAAAGACAAAUGGGCCUUCAUCUUUAGGGUUUCGUCAACCGACCGUCGUGCAUCGAAGAGCAUUGGCCGCGGCCAAGUUCGAUUUAUCGUCAUUCGUCAAGCACCGUCACCGCAAGGAAAAAACGGGCCCACCGAGUGGAAACGAGAUCGACCCGCGUUACGGUGUCGAGAAGCGACUCGUCCCUUCCGGACCGAACCCAUUGCACCAUUGA